UAUCAUUUCAACAAGUCAAGUGUGAAGGUUUCUGAGAUAAGGUUGACACAACUAAACAAAACAUUUCUUCAAUCUUGUGCUUACUAGUGUGAAGAUGGUAGAUGCAAUCACGAAGUUCGUUGUGGAGAAGAUUGGCAACUAUCUCAUGGAAGAAGCAUCAACGUUAAUGGGAGUCAGAGAUGAUCUAGAGUCCCUGAAGAAUGAUUUGAUGUGCAUCCAAGGUUAUAUCAAGGAUGUUGAAGCGCGAGAAAGAGAAGAUGAGGCCUCCAAAGUGUGGACAAAACUAGUUUUAGAUAUCGCUUAUGACGUCGAGGAUGUUUUGGACACCUAUUUUCUGAAAGUAGAAGAAAGAUCACAAAGACGAGGUUUGAGAAGAUUGACCAACAAAAUAGGCAGGAUGAAGGAUGCGUACAGCAUAGUUGAUGAUAUCAGAAUCCUCAAGAGAAGAAUCUUGGAUAUCACUCGCAUGAGGGGCACUUAUGCUGUAGGAGGUUUAAAAGAGCCUCAAGGAGGAGGGAGUACUUCAAGUUUGAGACUGGGUCAGCUUCGACGUGCUCGAUCUUUUGACCAUGAAGAGCUUGUAGUUGGUUUGGAAGAAGAUGCUAACACUCUUUUGGCAAAGCUUCUCGAUGGUAGUGAGUACAAUAGAUUUAUUAUCUCGAUCUUUGGUAUGGGAGGUCUCGGAAAGACUGCACUUGCUAGGAAGCUCUACAACUCAGAGAAUGUGAAGAGAAGAUUCGAAUACCGCGCUUGGACUUAUGUUUCUCAAGAGUAUAAAACAGGAGAUAUACUUAUGAGAAUUAUUAGAUCUUUGGGAGUGGCUUCUGCGGAAGAGUUGGAAAAGAUUAGGUUGUUUACAGAGGAGGAAUUAGAAAUUUACCUUCAUGAUCUUUUAAAAGGGAAAAGAUAUCUAGUGGUGGUAGAUGAUAUAUGGGAGCGAGAAGCGUGGGAGAGUUUAAAGAGAGCACUACCCUGCAGCCAUGUUGGAAGUAGAGUCAUUAUCACUACGCGUAUUAAAGCUGUUGCUGAAGGUGUAGCUGGGAGAUUCUAUGCUCAUAAGUUAAGGUUCUUGACAUUUGAAGAAAGCUGGAAAUUGUUUGAACAGAAAGCAUUCAUGAGUACGCAAGGGGUUGAUAAAGAGCUGCAGAAAACUGGAAAAGAAAUGGUUCAAAAGUGCGGUGGACUACCGCUGGCUAUAGUCGUGCUUUCUGGGCUUCUGUCUACGAAGAAGACGGCAAACGAGUGGCAUGAAAUGCGUGCUAGUUUAUGGCGACGCCUAAAGGAUGACUCCAUUCAUGUUUCCACUUUGUGUGAUCUAAGCCUCAAGGAGAUGGGACAUGAGUCGAAACUUUGCUUUCUUUACCUUAGUAUAUUCCCAGAGGACUAUGAGAUUGAGGUAGAGAACUUGAUACAGUUACUUGUAGCAGAAGGGUUUGUAGAAGGGGAUGAAGAGAGAAUGAUGGAAGAUGUGGCUCGGGCCAAUAUCGAAGAGCUGAUAGACAGAAGUUUAGUGGAAGCAGUGAGGGUAGAAAGAGGAAGAGUGAUGUAUUGUAGAAUCCAUGAUCUUCUGAGAGACGUGGCUAUCAAGAAAUCUAAAGAGCUAAACUUCAUAAAUGUUUAUAGCGAUCAUGUGACACAACAUACAUCUAAAAUUUGCAGAAGGGAAGUGGUUCACCAUCAGAUCGUCAUCAACAAACACUUCUCUGAGAAACGCAUGAACAAAGGAAUGCGAUCCAUCCUGUUCUUUGGAGUAUCGACGGUUAAUGGUAGAACCACUAACUUGAACCUGAAGCUACUUCGAGUGCUUAAUCUUGGGUUUAUUCGAAAAAGAUAUAUGUACUCGAGUUUCCCAGAGGCGAUCGGGGAUUUAUUCCACUUGAGGUACCUUGAGAUGAAUUCUGAUAGUUCAAAAAAUUUACAAGCUUUCAUCUCUAAAUUACGGUUUCUACAAACGCUACGUUUAUCUGGCCCGGGUUUCAGCAAAAAAAGAAUCGAUCUCCGAAAGCUCACGGCACUGAGGCACGUCACAGGAAACUUCGUACGAGAAUUUCUAAUAGGCGACGCACUGAACCUUCAGACCUUGAGGUCUAUAACAUCCUACAGGUGGAGCAAACUAAAACAUGAGUCGCUCAUAAAUCUUCAGGACUUGGAGAUCAGGGACAUUUUUGGGUGGAAGACGUCGAAACGCAUUUCUGUGUGCUGGGCUUCCUUUACUAAACUAAGAAAUCUUCGUGUUCUGAGGCUGGACGACAUUAAAUUAUCGUUGGGAUCGGAAGAGGCAGUUAGGUCCAUGGAUGUGAUAUUACCCAGUCUUGAAUCUGUAGAACUCGUUGAAGGGGAACUCCAGGAAGACCCAAUGCCUUUUUUGCAGAAAUUGCCGAGACUGGAAGAUCUGCUCUUGGAUUGUCAUUUGGAGGGAAGGAAGAUAAGCAUCAGCGAAAAAGGUUUUGGUCGGCUGAAAAAGCUUCACUUGUUCCUACAAAAUUUAGAUGUGUUCCACAUAGAAGAAGAGGCCAUGCCCAAUUUGAUCCAACUGAAACUGGAAACCAGACUACAAAAAGAGAAGCUGCUAAUUCCAGAGCGAUGCGAGCGUUUAUUAGAAUAUACGGGAUUGACUGGUGAUGAGUAAUGAUCCUGAAGAUUUAUGUCUUUUAAUAUCAAGUCUGCUAAAGUACGUACAUCUUUCACAUUUACUCUUCGCCUUCUUUAAUCUCUUUUCCAAGCUUUCUCUACAACUAAAACAUUGUAAUUUCCCUUUGAUAAAGUCCGACGAUGAUGAUGAUCUUUGUUAGAAAUGUCUUUAUUGAGCCAGCUGCUGUUUCUAAUAGAUGUAAUUUCCUGAUUCUAAAAGGUUGAUUAUUGUGAGUUUUGUUGUGAGAAAA